AGACAUAUUUCCAGAGACGAUGCUGUGCUCUCGUUUACGUCCCUCUCUCCCUCGUCUUCUGCCGCUGAGGAUGGCAACCACUGCGGCCUGUAGAACAGUAGUGGUGAAACAACCUGAACUCUCUGAUACUCUGGCCUUUGAAGAUCCCAAAGCCUUCAAGGUGAAGAGUUUUGGUGAGCUGCUUCGAGCCCUGGGUGUCUUCCAACUGUGCUCCAUCCCAGUGCUAGUUAACAACUGUGGGAAGCUCAUGACGAUGGCUCGCACCAUCCUGGGGAGGAGGGGGUUCUCUCUGCUGCUGAGGCCCAGUGUGUAUGCCCAGUUUGUGGCCGGGGAGAACGAGAGUGAAAUCUCAGUGUCCAUGGAGAAGAUGAGCCUGCUGGGACAGAGGCCAAUGCUAGCUGUACCCAUCGAGGAGGAUCUGGGGGAAAGCACUGGAGAGAAGAGAUAUGAUGACAACAUGAAGGCCAUGCUGGAAUGUGUGCGAAUGUCUCACACCAACGCCUGGAGCAAAGACCCCAUGAUGCAGCUGAAGAUCACGGCCCUGCUUAGCCCAGAGUUGUGUGUUAAACUCACAACCCUCAUCGCACAACAACCGUAUGACCUGAAUCUGGUUGUUAGAGCCAUGGAUGGAGAGCCAAUCAAAUUUCCUGGUUUAGAUGAAAGUGAAGUUGCCCAUUUCCUCUGUAGCCUGCGACGACUGAACCAAAUAGCAGAGGCAAGUGUGAACAAAGUCAGAGUCCUUGUCGAUGCAGAGUACACCUACAUGAACCCCGCCCUCUCACUUGUCACCAUGGCCAUGAUGAAGAAGUUUAACAAAGAUGGCGUCUGGAUUUGGAACACAUAUCAGUGUUACCUAAAGGAGUCACGGUCUCUCGUACUGGAAGCUCUACGUCUGUCCAAGGAGGAAGGUUUCUGUCUGGGAGUGAAGCUGGUGCGUGGUGCCUACAUGGACAAAGAAAGGAAGCUGGCAGAGAAAGAGGGUAGUCAUGACCCCGUCCACCAGUCAUGGGAGGACACCAAUGCCAGCUAUAACGGCUCACUGGAUGUGAUGUUGAAGGCAAUUUCACAGAAACCUGAGCGCUACAGGAUCAUAGUGGCUACUCACAAUGAGGAGUCAGUGAGAAUAGCUGCCAAACGGAUGGAAGAGUUGGAGAUAGACAAAGAUGGGGGCUCAGUUUGUUUCGGCCAGCUGUUGGGCAUGUGUGAUCACGUCUCCCUUACACUGGCAAAAGAGGGUUAUGCUAUUUACAAGUCAGUGCCGUACGGCUCAGUGGACGACACGCUGCCAUACCUGGUACGACGGGCUCAGGAGAAUCGCACAGUGCUGCAGGGAAUACGCAAAGAGAGAGACUUACUGAGGAAAGAGUUCUACCGGAGACUGAGUCUUAGAGGAGGCAGCUAACAGGUUGUCGGCAGAUGUAAGUGAGUCAGCUUGAACUCUGCUGCUGAACCAAUAAACACUCAAAUCCUAGUUCCCAAGUAGGAAGUAUAAUAAGGACACCCCAUGUAUGAAAGCCAUGAAAGUUAUUUUAUGAUCAGCCAUCUUAAAGGCAUUGAAAUAAAACAAAGACAUUAUAAAGUUAUAAAAACAAUCAAUCUAAAAUAAAAGCAAGGUUAAAAAUAAAACAGCAAAAACAGAAGGCUUAAAUAUAACUGUGCAGUGUUGUGUAAUAAAGUAAUACAAAUAAGUAAUUUGUUAAAGUAAUCUAAUGAAAGGCAGCUGCAAACAGGUGGGUCUUUAACCUAACUCUUCUGGGAGUUUGUCCCAGGUAU